GGCGCUGAUUAGGGACUGGCGCGGGCCGCCAGGGACCAUGCCCUUCGAGCACCGCGGCAGGAUUCUGACGCUGCGGGUGCAGGACAACCUGUUGUUCGACCCCUCGGCACAGACCACGUGGGAGGGCCUGCGGCCAGUAGGGGUGUGGAACCCGCGGCGCGGGCGCGCGGAGCCGGCCGCCGCGGCGGUGGCUUGGCCGCGGCCGCCGCCAGACGUGGGGUUUCGUCCGCGCUUCGCCUGGGACGAGGAGGAGGAGAGUGUGCCAGCGAGGUGGAGGGCGAGGACUUCACCCAGGUGACUGGAUUUCGGCAAGACGUGGCUGCAGAUGCCGCGCGGCGAGCUCAUCGACCCCGACACGGAAAUGGUGGUGGGGGCCUUCAGCAUGGAGACGCUGCAGAUCGAGCCCAUCGAGCCCGUGCCCGUGCGCGUUGCGGAGCUACUGGAGGGCCGCGGCUACCGCCUGCGGGCCGAUCGCCCCGCUGUGGCGAGCCGCUUCGGCAGUGCGCGCCGCCCCCGCGAGCUCAGCGACGGGCCCGCGGCGCUGCCCUUCGUCGAGAUACUCAGGCCGUCGCAGAGGGGAUCGCCCGACCGCAGCGAGGUGCUGGAGGCGGUGGAAUGCGGCAAUUGGCUGGCGCUGCAGGAAGCUGUUUUUUCAGACUAUUCUAUUUGAUGGAAGACAUCC